CAUUUAACACACGAUGUCGGUCUCUAUGUUCGGACUUGUUUAUGUCAAAAAAAUGCAAUAAAGCACUGUGAAAACAAAGCUACGAACAGGUUAAGAGAAUUCAAAGUAUUUCAGUUGUGUACUUAGUGUAAGUCGAGUUAAAAAUGGAAAACAGUGGUGAAAGUGGCGACGACGGGGGACCUUUAGGACCGACUGCGUUCCUCAGCGGAGGCGGUGUUUCGACAUCGUAUAUCGGAGUUCAAUCGGAUGACAUGGAAGAUGAUCCCGAAAAUACGGAUGAUUCUAAUCACGGGGCAAGCGAUCCGCUACAAGGAACUGGAGGCAGCGGUGGUGGCGGCCCUCUACGCGAACAGGAUCGGUUCCUUCCUAUAGCGAACGUUGCGAAAAUCAUGAAAAGGGCGAUACCGGAAACGGGAAAGAUAGCUAAAGAUGCACGCGAGUGUGUUCAAGAGUGUGUAUCCGAAUUCAUAUCAUUUAUCACGUCCGAGGCGAGCGAUCGGUGUCAUAUGGAGAAACGCAAAACUAUUAACGGCGAAGACAUUCUGUUCGCAAUGACGACGCUCGGUUUCGAUAAUUACGUGGAACCGUUGAAAGUAUAUCUGCAAAAGUAUCGGGAAGCAACGAAAGGAGAUAAUCCUCCGGGUAGUGGUACGCCAUCGGGCAAUGGUAAAACUGAACCGCAAGGAACAAUAUACGAAGAUCAGCUGUUUGCCAUUGCUGCGACCGCAUCUAGUGCCACCACUUCCGACACACCGGUUAUAUACAGUUAUACGUCCACCGAUCAAAUGCAGUUCCAGCUUUCCUGAUCAGUGCAGUUUCAAGUGAUGUUAAUAUAAAUUAUUUGAUGUGAAACGCGAUCCACAGAACAGCUACCAUGACUGUGCGUAUCAUCACGCGUGAUUGCGUUCUGUAAAAACAUAAAGCA